GCGUUCAUUUCUGACACUCUUAGUUCAGUCAGUCUGCUUAAAGUUAAUUCACAUUCCCAUUAGUUACAUUACAACAGAGAUACUUUAACUUAACUUAGUCUGUUAGUCUGAUUUUUGUAACUGCAGCUUGAACAAGUUUAAACUUCCGCGGUUUUUAAGCGUUUCAAGUUUCAAUUUCAAUUUCGAUUUCAAUUUUUAUUUGUUAUUUUUUGUUUUGCCCAACAAGUUAAUUCGACAUAGCUUAGUUAAUUAGACUUGAAUUUGUUGAGUGUUUUUUGAAGAAAAUAUUUAUUUAAAACAAAUAAACAAAUAAUAAAUCAACCAAAAUGAUUGAAACUGAAAUUAUUGAAUCUCGGCAAAUCGGAUCUCGGUUAUACAAUGUCCUUGUGGAUCUAUUUGAAUUUACAGUCUUGCUUGUUCGCAUUCUUCUCGAAGUGUUCAUUUCUACUGUCCAGCAAUUUACCAGAAAAGAACAAAAGGACGUGAGUGGAGAAAUCAUCGUGAUUACAGGAACUGGACAUGGAAUCGGUAGAGAACUGGCAUUGCAAUAUACAGAUCUGGGUGCAACAGUGGUCUGUGUGGACAUCAACGAGAGUGGCAAUCAACAGACAGUGUCCGAUUGCAAUCGUUUGCAACGAGGAGCCGCCCAAGCAUACACAUGUGAUGUGUCCAAUCGAGAAAAGGUCCUUGAACUGGCAACUAAAAUUAAAAUUGAAGUUGGCCCUGUAACGAUGUUGGUGAACAAUGCCGGUAUAAUGCCCACCCGUCCCCUGGAUAAACAAACACCUGAGGAGAUUCGCAAAACCUUCGAUAUCAAUGUGCUAUCGCAAUUCUGGACUCUGGAGGCCUUCCUCCCCCAUAUGCGAGAACAGAAUCGUGGUCACAUUGUGAGCAUCUCGUCGAUUGCCGGAGUGAUAGGACUUUCAAAUUUAGUACCAUACUGUGCAUCGAAAUUUGCUGUUCGUGGUCUGAUGGAGGCUCUGCAAGAGGAGCUCCGAGAAGGACCGCACAAGAAUUUGAUUAAAACCACAACGAUAUAUCCGUAUAUGACCAAUACGGGAUUGUGCAAGAAUCCCAAAGUGAAGUUCCCAAAAAUCCUGGGCUUAUUGGAUCCAAAGCAAGUGGCCAGUGCAAUUGUGGUGGCGCAACGAACUGAUGUGGCGGAAGCAACUAUUCCACGUGGACUUUUGUAUCUGAAUAAUGUUUGCAGAAAUCUGCCAAGGAGUUGUGCUGAAUUGCUUAAGGAUUAUGUGGACAGUGGUGUUUAUUCUGAUUAAUUUAAGGACAUUAUUUAUAGUAUUUAGUGUUGAUUUGAAUUGUAGGUGAUAUAAAUGUAUAAAUACAAAAGUAUGAUUUAGAUAUAGCCAGAUGCUUAAGCUUAGCUCAGUAAGGAACUUUUAUUUUUAAGGUGAAAUGUUUUGUAUGCAUACGAAAAUAAGCUUACACAAGAAAUAAAACAAAUAGAAAACAUUUAA